UUUAUUUUUUAUUUUUUUUUAUUUUAUUUCAUAUUCAAAGAUGGCUUCAUUUUUCUCCAAUUUCGUCAACACAGUCAAUAGUGCUAUUGAUACGUAUAUUAAACCAUCUUCCGAUAUUUUUAUAGUCAACAAGCAAACUUUGAAAAAAAUCAAACUCUUAGCAGAAGGUGGAUUUUCUCAAGUAUAUUUAACUCAAGAUGAAAAUCAACAGUAUUUUGUAUUGAAAAGAAUCCCUUGUAAGCUUGGAAAAGAACAACUAAGACAUGCCCAACGCGAAGUACAACUUCAACGACUAUUCCAACACAAGAAUAUCGUCCCUUUGAAGAAUGCGGCUAUUGUUAAGGAAGAAGAUGGAUCCAAAGUGGUUUAUAUGGUGAUGCCAUAUUACAAGAGAGGAACUUUACAAGAUAUUUUGGAAGCAUAUCAUGCUAGUGGACAACACUUUAAAGAACGACAAAUCUAUCGACUUUUCCUGGAUAUUAGUCAGGCUCUCUCUAUUCUUCAUACUCACACUGGACCAGGGAUACCCAUGACAAAAGGUGAUGAACGACAACAAGAAGAAGGACAAGGUGUAGCAUGGUCUCAUAGGGAUAUCAAACCAGGGAACAUCCUUAUAUCUGAUACAGGGAAACCAUUACUGAUGGAUUUUGGCUCUGCCUAUCCAGCUAGGGUGAAAAUCACUACAAAACAGGAAGCGGCAAAACAUCAAGACAUGGUAGAAGAACAAUCAUCCAUGCCCUAUAGAUCACCAGAACUAAUGCAAGUAAAAGUGGAUUCCGAAUUGACAGAAAAAACAGAUAUUUUUUCACUGGGAUGCUCUGUAUUUACAAUGGCAUAUGGUGGCUCACCUUUUGAGACAUACAUCAACAAGCAAGGUGGUGGAUCUUUGGCUCUGGCUGUACUCAAUGGACAAUUUUCCUUCCCUACUACCCCAACCUAUUCGGAUGAUCUCAAGAACCUUAUAUCAUGGAUGUUGACCGUAGAUCCUCAAGACCGACCUUCAAUUCAACAGGUGAUAACUCGAUUAGAUUCAUUAUUACGUGUCAUCAAGGAAUGAAUAUACCCUAUUAUUCUUCCCCUAAGUUUAGAUCAUUCCUUCUUGUAUAUAUACACACUUUUAUUAUUAUUAUUAUUAUAAUCAUACUAUACCAUUAACUAAUAAAUAAUGUUUGGAUUCCCCUUGA